AUGGGAGUUUCAGGACCAAUGAACUGUUUGGUGUUGUUAUUCUACCGUAUAGUGUUCCUAGACUACAGAAUCACAUAUUCCCAUACACAAUCAACAAUGUCUGCAAUUGCUCCAAUUACCGGUACCCUAAGAAAGAGAAUUUUGGCUGAUAUUACCAUUGGUUUCACUAUCGGUGGUGCUAUGGCUUCCUACUGGUGGUGGGGUUUCCACAAGGGUAUUAUCAACAAGAGAGAAGCUUACUAUGCUAAGUUGGCUGAACAAAAGGCUGCUGAAAACUAG